UUAUCACUGGCGCGGGUGUUCUCGCGGUGAACCAGGUGAACCAGCACUUCGCCGCGUGGUUCGCGCGCCGCGUCCCCGGCCAGGACGCAGCGGGGACGAUACUGAACCGGUUGGCGUGGCGUGGCGUGGCGGGGGGUUGGACGGAAUGGGGCACCUGGAGGCAGUAGGUCGGCUAGCGCUGCUUCGCGGAGCACGGCGAGUAGCACCAGCAGGGCGAGCAGGACACCAGUAGGGUCGCGCACGUCCCCGUCGCGUCUCGUGCUCCUCACCAUGACGGCGACCUGGCCUUCCUGGCCCAUGUGGUGCGCCGUGGCCGCCAUGGUGGCCGCCCUCAGCCUCGCCGUCGACGCCCUCCCCGCGCAGGGGAGUCCGCGCGACGGCAACUGGACCCUGUCCGUCAUCCACCUCAACGACUUCCACGCCAGAUUCGAGCCCGUGUCGCCGGAGUUCACCUCGUGCGAUCCGAGCCUGGUCAACACGUGCGUGCCCUACCCGUGCCGCGGCGGCACCAACUGCGUGGGCGGCAUCGCGCGCGUGGCCACGGCCAUGGACAGGCUACGACGCCAGUUCCCGCACUCCCUCGUCCUCAACGCCGGUGACAACUUCCAGGGCUCCUUGUACUACUACGUCCACCGCCACGCCAUCAUGUCCUUCUUCCUGAACCGGCUCCGCUUCGACGCCAUGGCCCUCGGCAACCACGAGUUCGACCAGGGCGUCGCCAAUGUCAAGGAGUUCCUGCGGCGCCUCGAAUUCCCCGCCCUGGCCGCCAACAUGGACGCCAGCAAGGACCCGCAGCUCGCCGCCCUCGUCAAGCCCUCCAUCGUCCUGGAGCGCGAGGGCCACCGCAUCGGCGUCAUCGGCUACAUGCUCAACAACACCCACAACAUCUCGGCCACGGGGCAGGUGCGCUGGGGCGGCGAGCUGGAGGCCGUGGACCGCGAGGCGGCGCGCCUCAAGGCGGCGGGCGUGGACAUCAUCGUGUGCGUGUCGCACGACGGCCUGGCCGGCGACCUGCACGUGGCCAGGAACAGCAGGCACGUGGACCUCAUCGUCGGCGGCCACUCGCACACGCUGCUCUACUCGGGAACGCCCCCGACGGACGACCGCGUGUUCGGCCACUACCCGGUGGUGGUGGUGCGGCAGCCCCCCGGCGAGGGGCGCACCCGGGAGCGCAAGGUGCUCGUCGUGCAGGCCAUGGCGGCGUCCAAGUACCUCGGCCACAUCCUGGUCACGUUCGACAAGGACGGCGAGGUGGCGGACUGGGAGGGCCGCCCCCUGCUGCUCGACCAGAGCGUCCCCCAAGACGCGCGCACGCGCACCAUGCUGCGCGCGUGGCGGCCCGCCGUCCGGCAGCUGGGCGGCAAGCGCGUCGGCUUCCUGGACGAGCGGCUCUCGCAGGACGACUUCGAGUGCCUCACCGGCGAGUGCAGCAUCGGCAACGUGGUGGCGGACGCAUUCGUCGACCACUGGACCAAGAACGCCGUGGAGCCCCCCACGGUGGGCGCCGCCGUCGGCUGGUCCAUGGUGGCCAACCUGGAGCAAGGUGACGUGACCUUCGAGGACGUGUUCAGCGUGCUGCCCUACGAGUACACCGUGGACACCUUCCGCAUCACGGGGGCGGGGCUGCGCCAAGUCAUCGAGUCCUCCGCGGCAGGCGAGGGCCUGUUCCAGUGGUCAGGGCUGUACGUGACGCUGGACCUGAGCAAGCCGCCGGGGCAGCGCGUCGUGGACGUCCGCGUGCGCACCAAGCUCAAGCAGAGCCCCAAGGAGUACCCGGAGCUGGACCCGGCCAGGGAGUACAUCGUGGCGACGCAGUCCGUCACGCUGACGGGCGGCUACUCCAACCCCGACCUGUCGCGCCUGCACGGCAACCGAACCCGAGGUCCGCCCGACCACAAGGUGCUGGCCAUGUACCUGACGGAGCACUUGAACCUGGCGCGCGGCAAGCUGGAGGGCAGGGUGACGAUGGUGGGCGGCCGGGCCCACCCCAAGCGGUUCUCCGGCCUGCCCAACAAGCUGUAGGCCGUAGGCUCAUUCCGAGGGAGAGGUCUCUCUCUCUCUCUCUCUCUCUCUCUCUCUCUCUCUCUCUCUCUCUCUCGCACUCAUGCCACCUAAGGGAGCGAGAGAGACAGACCGACGAAAGCACUGUUCGUAAUCAGUCUGCAGCGCAGCGGCCCACCCCAAAGCCAAAGACUUUCACCCGUGCCGGAAGGGCUACGCACGCCUGCGCCGGGCUGCGCCUGGCCGAAGCGGCGAUCAAAAAAUGUAUUUUUAGAAGAAAAAUGUUUUCCUCGUCUUUUUGUGCGCACGCCUCGCGGAGAAAGCGUUGGGCAACCCUAUCGAUGUAGUACAGUGUGGUGGGGGAUUCGAAUCUCGCCACAUGGUGACGCGAGCGCAGAAAAACAACCCAGGACCGCGCGGCGUCUACUCCUACACCGCGACUUUUCGACGGGGGUCACCUCGGCGACGAAGAAAGUUUGCCCCCGCGGCCCCCUCGUGCGUCCUCCUCGUCUCGUGGGCGAUAACGUCCUGGCGAUAACCGCCACCCCAGCCGAGAGAGUGUGCGAGACAGAGACAGGUUGCGUGAAUUCGGACUCGAGUGAUAAGGCUGACGGUUCGACCCGUUUUCUAGUACUUUAUUUUCUUACAAGGUUUCUGGUUCUGUUUCGUAAUACAUCACGUUAUGGUGAGAUCAGGUU